AUGAAAUGGGCUAUCGAACUCAGCCAAUACGACCUCCUCUACCGGCCGAAGACUGCUAUAAAAGCCCAAGCUUUAGCAAAAUUUGUUGUAGAGUUUACUCCGACAGCCAAAGAAGAGAAGAUGGUCACGAAAAGCAAGGAAAAAGCAGACGACACCUCCCCCACCGAUUCGAACCUACCUAACGACAUGUGGCAGUUGCAUGUAGACGAAGCAUCAAAUCACAAAAGAGUGGGAGCAGGAGUCGUCAUAAUCACCCCAGAAGGAACCUUGUUGGAACAAGCUAUCACGCUAGGCUUUUCUGCUUCAAACAACGAGGCAGAAUAUGAGGCAUUGCUUGCAGGACUGCGCCUAGUGAAAGAACUAUCGAUCAAGAGAUUGGCAAUCUACUCAGACUCCCAGUUGAUCACGAAUCAAGCCUCAGGCAAGUACAUGGCAAAGCAUCCAAGAAUGGUCCAGUACCUCGACAAAGUCCAAGGACUUUUGAAAGAAUUUCAUACUUUCACCAUCCAACAAGUUCCACGGGCAAAGAACACUCAUGCAGAUGCGUUGGUGAGCCUAGGAUCAGCACUGGAUACCCAAUUCAGACGCUCCAUCCCAGUUGAACACCUUGACCGACCAAGCAUCGAAGAAAUAGAGCCAAUCGACUCAAUCGACUACUUAGUGAAUGGAAAUCUACCAACGGAUAAGUCCGAAGCUAGGAAGGUCCAACAGAAAGCUGCGAGAUAUUACAUGCAAGGCGACAAGCUCAUUCACAAAUCAUACUCCGGCCGUCAUAUCACUUGCACAAAAUACCCUUAA